CUACAAUCGUAGUAGAAGCAUAACCUCUUAUCUAUCCUGAGAUAUUUUGAAAAUACCGUAAAAACAGUAAUCGUUAUAAUGUUUAAAUAUUCCAAUUUAUUUGGUGGAUGUGCAAAGAUCAUACAGAAGAGUAAUGCUCGUUUUAUUAGUUUUCGAAGCAUAAAAAAACUUUAUUCAAUGUAUUUCAACAAAACAAUCGAAACUGCAAAACCUCCUUACGAUUUCAUUUGUCAAGUUGGUAACCCUAUCUUGCGACAGAAAGCGUCACUUAUCGAUAUAAAGGAAAUACAAACAGUAGAAUUUCAAAAGACACUUGAUCAUUUAUAUAAAGUAUUGAGGGAAUCUGACACAGUAGGAUUAGCAGCCCCACAAAUCGGUUUAGCUUGGCAAGUAUUUGUUAUAGAACUAACGGAAGAAACUUUGAAAGAUGUUCAUCCAACCAUACGAUUACAUUGUCAGAUCGAACCUCAGCCUUUGACAUAUUUUAUCAAUCCAGAAAUGGAGGUAACAAAUUCCGAAGAACUUAUAUUUCAUGAAACAUGCGGAAGUAUCGAAUAUUUUCAUGCAGAAGUAGCAAGACCAAAAGAAAUUCAAAUCAAAGCACUUGACCGAUUUGGAAAAUCAUUUUGUUGGAAAGCAGAAGGUUGGUUAGCUAGGAUAGCUCAUCAUGAAAUGGAUCAUUUAAAAGGUUUAUUAUAUACCGAUAGAAUGUUUCCGUUAACAUUUGAGUAUAAUAAUUGGGACAAAAAAAACAACAUUGAUGAGGAAAAGAAUAUUAUAAAGUAAUAUGAAUAUUAUAAAGUAAAAAUAAAGAAUAUUAUUAAUAUUCUUAUUAUCUAUUCUUUGAUAGAAUUUUGUGAUCUUUGCAUGAAUUACAUUUAAUUAAAUUAAAUUUAAUUGAAUUAAAUUCACGAGUUAAUGUAUAAAUCAUAUAAAUUGUAACAAUAUAUAUUAGAUAUAAUCUAUCAACAAAUUGUAUAAGUUAAACUGAAAUAUAGUACAAUAAUAUGUAAAAUAUCAUUGUAAAAAAAAUUAGUUGUGAAAGGUUAUUAAAAUUAUUGAAAUUCCUUUUCUUAAUUUGCUUGUAUCUACAACGUCACUUUAAUAAUUAGCUAUAUGAAUAGUUAUUUAAUCAUUUAUAUCGCAAAAUAUUGCUAAAUUAGUGUUAUUAAAAUAUGUAUUUUAUUAUUGUUUUUUAAUAUUUUUUCUUAAUUUUCAUUAUUUGUAAUGCACAAGAUUUGUUAAAGUUCACGAGCAUGGUAUAAAUGAAUAAAUAUUCUCUGGUCAUUAAGAAAAUUGACGUAGCAUGUAAACCAAAUUUGUUACAUAUGUAUCCAAUAAUCAUAUGCGCUUCUAACGUAUUAAAUUACAUAUUAUGAACCUGAGAGUGUAUCUAGGAAUAUUUUAAUUGUAAGACAGAUAUAACUAAUUCAUUAAUGUAACUAAUUUAUUGAUAUCUGGGAUUUCUUGAUUUCUUGCAGUUCUUUUAUGAUUAUAACUUUGACAUCUAUUUAUACAUCACCUUUUUGUAUUUCAUAAUGAACAAGGAUUGAAGUCGC